AUGGAUGCUAGACCUCAGCGAAUUCGCGUCCGCGGUGACGAGAACGCUCCAAUCAAUGUCCAUCCUACCAAGACCAUUCACCAUCGUAACAAAUCUACUCCUGCUCUAUCAGCCGCUUUGCAAAAUGGGGGUUUGAGAAACGGUGCCAAGCGCACUGCUUUUGGAGAUGUCAGCAACAUUCGAGCCAGCAAGGAUGACAGCCACGUAGCUGGCAAGAACAUCCCCCUUGCAAAGCCUGGUGUAUCUGUUCAGGAUAGAAAGACCCUUUCGCUGGCCCAACCUGCACAGCGCCCCGCGUCUGUUAUGGGUAUCAAGACCAUUCUCAACACUACUAGUAAUGGCAACGUCAAGCAGGUACUUGGUGAGGCUCAUAACAACACUGCAAACACACGCAGAGCACUCACCAAACGGAGCAAUGUCGCGUUCAAGAAGCAGCCUCUCCCAGUUGUCACUGAGGUGAAGCCUAAUGUCAACGAGCGACCAGUAUCGCGUACCGAUAUCUCUCAACCACGCGUUAUCCUCGAAAAACCAUCUACUCAAUCAUCUGACAAGAUUGUCAUUGACAAGGAGAAGAACUAUCCUCUCCUAGAUAGUGAUAUCUCCAGAGGAUCCGACGACACUAUCGAAGAGCAUUUUAGCGAAGAGAACGAGCCAGCAAUCACUGGCGGUGUUGCCAUCAGUGUCGUUGAAAAAGAGUCUGUAGACCAGGCGAAGCUGCACGAAAAUAUUCCAGAGGUCGCAAGUGUGAAGGUCUUGACAGAGAUUGCAGAGAUUGUCAAAUCUGAUCACAACGUCCCACGCGAUUCUCUCGACUUGCUCCAUCGCCGUUCUGACCACGGAAUUGUACCAUCAGAGCCGGAGGAAUAUUGGGAUGAUGACGAGGACGAAAAUGACGAGGAUGAUGGUUAUGUUACUGCCCGUUCCUAUCGAUCCCGUAGCGAGAACACAACUGGAGGAGCAACAACUGUGCUCUUUCCCAAAUACAAUCCGAAGGCGCGGCGUGAAAUUGCCAUGGCUAAGCAGCUUGUCGAAUCAUCACGCACUACAGAUGACGUCGAAGAUGAGAUGUGGGAUACGAGCAUGGUGGCAGAAUACGGUGAUGAAAUCUUCGAGUACAUGCGCGAGAUGGAGAUCAAAAUGCUACCGAAUGCCCAUUACAUGGAUAACCAGGCGGAGAUCCAAUGGUCAAUGCGAUCGGUGCUCAUUGACUGGCUCGUGCAAGUCCACCAUCGCUUCUCUCUUCUACCAGAGACGUUGUUCCUUGCGGUGAACUACAUCGAUCGAUUCCUGUCGUGCAAAAUCGUCUCCUUGGGCAAACUCCAGCUGGUUGGGGCUACUGCCAUCUUUAUCGCGGCAAAGUACGAGGAGAUUAAUUGCCCUUCAAUCCAUGAAAUUGUGUACAUGGUUGAUCGUGGUUACACUGCCGAUGAGAUUUUGAAGGCCGAGCGCUUCAUGCUCAGCAUGCUGCAAUUCGAGCUAGGAUGGCCAGGACCCAUGAGUUUCCUGCGACGAAUUAGCAAAGCGGAUGACUACGAUCUAGAUACGCGUACCUUGGCCAAGUACUUCUUGGAGGUUACUAUCAUGGAUGAGCGUUUCGUCGGUAGCCCACCAAGUUUCACCGCUGCAGGUGCCCAUUGUCUUGCUCGAAUGAUGCUCCACAAGGGAGACUGGUCUCACGCUCACGUGUACUAUUCCAACUACACAUAUGCACAACUCUUCCAACUGCUGCUCACCAUUCUGGAAUGUUGUGAAAACCCAUCGAAGCAUCACAACGCCAUCUACGAUAAGUAUUCGGAGCGCCGAUUCAAGAGGUCCUCCCUGUUCGUCGAAGCUGAAAUCGCCAAGGGCUUUCGCCUUAUGGAACCAUCCAAGGACAACAACCGCUUCGCCUAA